AGCAGCGAACCAACCGACCAACCAUCCAGUCGAUCGUUGACAGCUGUGAGCGUCGUGCGACCAGCUCAAAAAGAAAUUCAAGAAUAAAGUACAACAACGCGUUUAAAUUAAAUUAAAGAAACAAUAUAAAAAAAGAAAAGUGUAUUUAUUGUUAACGAUCGACGAAUAAGAGACAUAUCAUUAAUCGUAAUAAAUUAAGGGUCAAGAAAAUUAAAGAAUAUAUAUAUAAAGAUAAUUUUGAAAAAAAAAAAAAAAAACAACAAAAUAGUAAAAAAAGAAAAGGACGAAAAAUAGAAGAAAGAGGGGUGGAGGAGGAGGAGGAGGAGGAGGAAGAAGAGGAAGAAGAAGAAGAAGAAGAAGAAGAGGAAUAGUGAGAAUAGAGGUAGUGGGUUGAGUAAGUGGUGAAAAAAAGAAAAAAGAAAAAAAAAGAACAAGAGGAAAAAUAAUCGGACGGGGUUACACGAUUAUCUUCGUCGAGAGUGUGCCGAUUUUUUUAUUACAAAAGAAGCUGGGCAAGAAUUUGAAGGACCAGAGAGAGAGAGAAUUCAAUUAAAAAAUACAAUAAAAUACAAUAAAAAUAUUAGGAUUCGAGACAUUGUCGAUUUAAUUAUUAAUAUUUAUUUAAUCGACUUUUAAUAUAUAUUAUCUGAAAAGAUUUUUUAAAUAAAAAAUGCCAAGCAGAGCAUCUUCGAUCACGAGUUUGACCGCUCUCGGUCUCGGCCUCGCCCUGACGGUCUUUCCCUGUACCGUUGUGGCGAUCGAUUUGAGCCGUUUUUAUGGGAAUUUCAAUUCCAAAAGUUCAGACGACGCUUGUCGUCCUUACGAACCAUUUAAAUGUCCUGGCGAUGGUACGUGUAUCUCGAUACAAUAUUUGUGCGACGGUGCACCGGAUUGUCGAAACGGUUAUGACGAAGAUACGAAACUCUGCACGGCAGCCAAACGACCACCUGUAGAAGAGACGGCAAGUUUCCUUCAGUCAUUACUGGCGAGUCACGGACCGAAUUAUCUCGAAAAGUUAUUUGGUAACAGAGCUCGAGAUACUCUUAAACCACUCGGUGGUGUCGACAAAGUUGCCAUUGCGUUAUCCGAAUCGCAAACGAUUGAAGAUUUUGGUGCAGUCUUACACCUGAUGAGAUCGGAUUUGGAACACUUACGUUCAGUUUUUAUGGCAGUGGAGAACGGUGACCUUGGAAUGUUGAAAUCACUUGGUAUCAAGGAUUCCGAAUUAGGGGAUGUUAAAUUCUUCCUCGAGAAGCUCGUCAAGACUGGCUUCCUCGACUGAAAAGGCAACGAUUAUAUCAAGGAUAAAUAAAUCGUCGUUGACUUAUUUUUACGAUUUCCCUUAUUGAUUAUUAUUAUUAUUAUAAUAACAUUUAUUUUUACUUCUUUUAAAUAAUGAUACUAGAGAUUAAACGAUUGGGAUCGUAAAUAUUAGUCACACGUCGAUGUAUUUCAUUAUUUUUAAUUAUUAUUAUAUAUAUUAUCUUCGUCUAGCCCCCCCCUCUUCUUCUAUUUUUUAUUAUUAUUCUAAUUAUUUGUUAUUAUUUCACAUAUUUUUUUUUAUUUUUGUUAAGAUAAUUUUUUGUCGAAAAUGAUGUAAUAUCAUCGCACAAAUUAUCAAAUUUAAUUAUUCCGUUAAUUUAAUUUUAAUUUAAUUUAAUUUAAUUUCUUCUCCUUCUCUCUCUCUCUCUCUUUCUCACUCUCACUCUCUCCCACUUUUCAUUGUACAUAUAAUAUUAAUAAUUAAUCACUUAAUAUCAGAAGCUGCUGCUAUUCGAUGUUAAUCGCAACGAAUAUAUUUGAAGAAUAUCGAAAACGACUUUAUAUGAUGGAAAAUGAAUUGACGAAAUAAUUUUGGUGAAUGAUUAGAAUAUUUCGAAAAGGAUGAUCGUUGUCUGUGCCUACAUUCUUUUUUUGUUUUUUUCUUCGCAUACAUCUCACGUUAAUAUAUCAUGUUUUAUUAUUGUAAAGAGGAUGAUGCGUUGAUCGAACGAAUGAUAUUGUAUAUUUCAUUUAAUUUUAUAUUUACAUAAACAAAUAUUAUAUAUAUAUAUAUAUAUUUUUUUUUUUCUUCGUUUAUAAAACAAUUUAUUGUUGUUGAUAUCGGACCGGAGCUGUGCUUUGGUUAUUUGUUUCAAUUCAAUUGUAAUAUUUAAUAUUUAAUAUUAAUUUAUAUUUUUUUUCGAUUUAGAUAAAAAAGAAAAAAACGAUAUCAUUCGUAAUUCUAUGAUUCGUCUGUUAUUCUAAUUCGAAUAAAAAGAAAAAAAAAAAGAAAGAGAAAACAGUACGAUAGAGGAAAAGAUUUGAAAACGCAUCCCUAUGUGAUAUUUGCUACCCGAUAACAGUGAAUUGUUGUUACUGCUGGAACAGUACGAUGUGUGUACCGAAAUUAUUUAAAAAAAAAAAGAAAAAAAAGAAAAGGAUGAGACUAGUUUUUGGUGUCAAGUAAAAUAAGUAACGUUUUAUCUUCUUUGAAUGAAGUUAUUAUACUGAAAAUGAUGCAUGUAUGUAUGUGUGUUUGUACGAGAAACUCUAAGAAAAAGAAAAAAAA